AUGUAUUGUUCAGAAAAGUUUGGAAAUGGUAUUGAAUGUUUUAAAAACUAUUACAAUCAUUUUCAGUCAGCAUAUCAAACUUAUCCCAAAAAAGAAGCUACUGGAAGCAUCAGUCAAAUUACUAGCCCCAUUGGUCAGAUACCAGCACAAAGCUACCACCCUGGAUUUGGACCCUAUGAUAGAACACCAUCUCCAGGACCUGCCAGAAAUUGUGAGGCCUACCCUCAACCAGGUGGACAAGGUCUUUUCAACUAUGGUUAUCAGGACUACCCUGCACAACCUCCCUCCCCUCCAUCAGGGGCAUCAGAGUCUCCUCCUCCUCACAGAUCAAUGGCCCAAAAUCUCCAUCCAGCUCAACCAGAAUACAACCACAGACCACUAGGGUAUGAUGAACUCAGGAGCUCUAUGCUAGCUCCAUCUAGAGGAGGAUACCAAGACAAAUAUGGUUCCUAUGGAUACUCAGGAGCUCAUUUAAAUCCUACUUCACCGGGUUACACCUCCUAUGAAACUGCUUCUCCACCCCAGGGGUACUUAGACAGAAGGCCUAGCUAUGAUGACCGACCUCCCUCACAAGGUACACCUAACCACCUUCCAUGUCUCUACUCCACAGUGCCAAGGGCAGCGUUCCAAGAGGGGGAAGAAAAAAGUCUUCCACCUCAAGUGCAUCAUCCCCCUCCACAUCAGCAGCCUCCAGUAGAGUAUGAAACAGAAGAUGUACGGUGGAGAGAUCCAGAUCUUCAUGAAGUUAUAGAAUUUUUGGGCCAUCCAAACAAUGUGAUACAAGCAAAUGCUGCUGGUUAUCUUCAACAUCUUUGUUAUAAUGAUGAUCACAUGAAACAGAAAACUAG